AUGGCAAGUAGAGCACAGGUCCAGGCUGUCCGUGAGUUGAUCCCAAUUCUAGAAUUAGAUCUCAUCGUUUUAGAAUUCGUCCGGGCUUUUGACUAUUCAAGACCCUAUGAAAGACUUUUUACUUCAACCCAUAGAAGAGAAACCGAAUUCGGAGUGUCUGUUCAUACUUCUGGGGAAGCAACAUUUGCCUUUAUAAGGCGUGGCAAUUCAAAAAUGAGGUUUUGGAGAUAA